UGAAAGAGGGAGGAAAUAAGAAAGGGAAUUGCUCGUACGUCUCUUUCUCUCCCUCUGAGCUCUCUCUCUCCAACUUCUUUGCUUCACCUUAGGACGGGAGAGAGAGAGAGAGAGAGAACUCGGAAGCGUGCCCAAUUUCUCUUUACGAGCGCCAUAUUUUGCAUCUCUAAGGAAUUUUUGGAGGUCUCUUUUGCUUCGUGCUCUGUCGGGAUUGAGUUUGUUUCCUAUAAUUUUUGUUACUGUUUUUUGUUGUUGUUGUUGGUGCUGGUGUUGGUGUUUUCGAAGAUGAUAGUUGCAAACAGCUUCGAUCUAUGGCAAAAGGACACCUUCUUUUCUGCCGCCGAGGAGGUUCAAGAAUCUGCCGAUGUAAUGGAAUCAGCAUACAGGACAUGGGUAAGAGAGAGGCGAGAAAUACUAUCGCCCGAGGACUCGGAUAAACUCUGUUGGGAGCUGCAAACUGCUUUAGGUACUGCCAAAUGGCAGUUGGAAGAGUUUGAGCGAGCUGUCAGGUUUAGCUAUGGAAAUCGUGGUGAUGACAAUACAACAGCUAGGCAUAGACAAUUUAUUUCGGCCAUUGAAGACCAAAUCUCACGUGUUGAAGCAUCAUUAAGGGAAUGUUUAAAUGAGGAAGGAAAGCAACCCCUUCACUGGGUAAAUCUGGAUGAAGAUGAACGCGAUGAGUUAGCCACAUUUCUCUCUGGCACCUCCCAAAGUGCAAAAGAUGAAUGUUCAGAGCAAAGGCCUUCAAUGAAAUGCUCUCUUUUGGAGAACCAUACUCAGAGAAAAGAUGCAGACCUUAAUUUGAAUGCUGCCUCUGACAGAGAUGCUAGUAGCAUUAAUAAGGAUGGAAAUCAUGUCCUAAAGAUAGAAGAAAAUAAAACUCAUGGAAAGACGGAUGACUUAAUUUGUCAAUCAGAUAGCUCAACUAAUAAUGCAAGGAGAACAUGGAGUUCACCAAAUUUUGGUGAACUAAAGAUCAUAAUUCCUGAUCAAGAUGAACAGAUAAACAAACUAAUGCGGAGCGUUGAAGACACACCUAAAGUAAAAGGCUCCAAACCUGUCUUCUGGAAGCAAAGGCGGGGGGAGUUUCCUCUGGGAUGGGGGGCGGUUAAUUUUUUCAAUCAGCACUUUGGUCGGGUUGGUGGGUUCCAAAGACAAUUGCAAAGUCCACUACACUUGCCACUCCGAUGUUCUCUUCAAGUUACACUCGCUUUGAUGCUAACAAUUUUUUUGAUCGUACCUUUUGUGUUUUAUUCAGCUUGAUAAAGUGGAAGUUUCAUGACACGUGAUCAAGACGAGAGGUAUCGGAGCUGUUUUUAAAGCAAGGAAAGUUUGAGAAAAAGGGAUGGCGUGCAACCCCCGAGUGUAAAACAAAUGUGCCAUCAUGCACGGCAUUUUGGAGUUAGGCUAAGCCAUCCUUUAAAGUACAAGAAGGUAAAACAAGCAUCAGGAAUAGGGUGUUUUAGAUUUCCAGAUGACAGACAAUGUAACAUUGAUGUUGUCUUAUAUGUAAUGUAAGCUCCCAAGAUCUGGUAGUGGGGAGCAUAGAGGAUCGAUUUGUAUUAAGCUCCAAACUUUAAACGUGAUUGCUUGUUAAAGGCCCAAAUCCAUGGCUUUAAAUGUCCCAA